AUGGCUACAGCUUUUGACCUGGACCUGGGAAUUUCCCAGGAUGCCACCUACUCCAUCGCCGGGAAGUCCAUCAAGUUCGACUCUGUUGAGGACAUCGAGCCGUUCCUCAAGCAGAUGGACGCCUACGCUACAUUGAAGAAGAUAGACUUUUCAGGAAACACCAUUGGUGUUGAGGCAUCCAAGGCGCUAGCUGAAUCUAUUGAAAAGGCUAAGGACUCCUUGGUGGAUGUCAACUUUGCAGAUUUCUUCACAGGAAGACUCAAGGAUGAAAUUCCAAGGUCGUUGGAGUACAUUCUGCCUGCUCUAUUGAAGUGUCCUUACUUGAGAGUACUCAACCUUUCCGAUAACGCAUUCGGUCUACAGACUAUCGACCCUAUAGAAUCUUUUCUGGAAAGAGUUGUAGCUCUGGAGCAUCUUAUCCUGUCCAAUAACGGUAUGGGACCCUUUGCUGGUGCCAGAAUCGGAAAGGCCCUCUACAAGCUUGCGGCCGCUAAAGCGAAAGACUCCAAAGCUCCUCAGUCUCUCAAGACAUUCUACUGUGGAAGAAAUAGACUGGAAAACGGUUCCGUUAAUUAUUUGGCCAUCGGCUUGAAAGCUCACAAGGGCCUUGAGUCUAUCAGGCUCUAUCAAAACGGAAUCAGACCAGCUGGUAUAUACAAACUCUUUGAUCAGGGAUUGAAGUACAACAAGUUCCUCAAGGUGGUGGACUUGCAAGAUAAUACAUUCACCACUCAAGGAUCCCUCGCUUUGGCCGCUGCUCUAGAGUCAUGGACCGAGCUUGUGGAGUUGAACCUCAACGAUUGUUUGUUGAAGCCAAAGGGUUCCUUGGCCGUGGUGAAGGCAUUUGCUGAGAGCGGUUCCAAGCCAAAUCUCACCACACUUAAACUUCAGUAUAAUGAGCUGGACGAAGAGUCAUUGCCCUUGCUUGUUGAAGUUGUCAAAUCCAGGCUUCCAAACUUGAAAAUUUUGGAAUUGAAUGGUAACAAGUUUGCCGAAGACACCGAUGAGAUUGACAGUAUCACCGCCAUCUUCGAAGAGAGAGGUUUUGGUGAGUUGGAUGAGCUAGACGAACUAGAAGAGCCAGACAGCGACGAAGAAGAUGAGGACGAGUCUGAAGAGGAAGACGAGCAAGAUGACGGCGUAAUUUUGGAAGAUUUGGAGAAGGAAUUGAAGCAAGACAAAGAUGUUGAGAAGCUGGUGCUUGAGCUCGAGGAGACCCAUAUGUAA